AUGCAUCGGCUACCCGAUCACAACUGGCAUCGGCACAUGUCCAAAAACCCGGUACGCUUCGUGCAAGCCCCUUACAUAGAACACGACAGGCUGAUCCUCUCGGCACGCAGCUCACUUGCCCAGCUGCUGCGUUCCGGACAGAAGCAAGCAAACGUCAACAGAACAGAGAGGUCAGCUUUCCAAACAACAAAGCACGUUCGGCACGAGACUGGAUCGACACUGUGCAGGAAGGAGGUCGCUUUCGUCAAUCUACCGAGCGACAGGAGCACCAGCCCCUUCGCAGCCGUCAGCUGCGACUUCCCAUUAGGAGAAUCUAGCGGAUCGUGCAUGGUCCGCGACGCUGUCCAGCGCGGCACUGCCAUUCUGGGCAAAAUACGCCGACCCUAUCGUCCGACAAAGAUGCUUCCAGCCUCAUCUAGAGGCGCCCGUCUUAGUUCGAAGAGAACAGCAGAGCACCGUUACUCUGAGCGGAAGAGCAGCAUCGAUGGCUCAAGGAACAGCGGGCACUGA